AUGCGGCUCGUGUCUGUGAUUGGCAUUCUGCUCGCAGCGACGCUUCAUGUCUUUGGAUUGCACUUCUAUCUCGAUUCCGACGAGGAACGCUGUUUCAUCGAGGAGCUACCGAGCGGGACAAUCGUCGAGGGACACUACAAGGCGCUAGAAUGGAAGGCAGACGAGAACAAAUACAUCCUCAAUCCAGAAAUUGGGCUCAAUAUCGAGGUUGAUGAAGUUGCGACUGGAGACAGUGUCGUCAAGACUCUGGGUCCGCCAGAGGGCAAGUUUACCUUUACCUCGCAUGAAGCAGGCGACCAUACCAUUUGCCUCUCGACUAACCAGACGAGCGGAUGGUUCAGUAGCUCUCAUAUACGACUCUACUUGGACAUUGCCGUUGGAGCUGCCCGCCAUGAUGUCGAAAAGGACAGGGCACACGCCAACAAGCUCUCAGACAAGCUACGAGAGCUCAACGACAAGCUCGACGGCAUUCGACGGGAGCAACAGUACCAACGAGAACGAGAGGCUCAAUUCCGCAACCUCUCUGAAUCCGUCAAUGCAAAAGCAAUGUGGUAUAUGCUCAUCCAAGCCUGUGUCCUUGUCGUCACGUGCUACUGGCAACUUCGGUUCCUACGCUACUUCUUCGCAGACAGAAAGGGAUUAUAG